AUGGCUUCCGCAGCCUCUGCAGUGGUGAGUGGCAUCCUUGCCCUAACCUCAUUGGUCCCAUCGCUUCCCCAAACCGUGACCAACGGUGCCUCUAUAUUGGGUACCCUCUCAGCCCCAAGUCUUUCUCUUACUGGAGUGAAUGGUAUCAUCUCCUGGGGAUCAGAUACAGUCGACAACACCAACCCCUACAUUGGGGGCCCAAUAUCUGGAACGGGGCCCACUUACAACUUCAACAUUGCCCGAGGCUUUAUUGCUCCCGACGGAGUAAAUAGAAGCGCUCUACUCGUCAAUGGAGCAUUCCCAGCUCCGACCAUCGAAGCCAAUUGGGGAGACACCAUCACAGUCAACGUGUGCAAUCAUAUCACCGGGCCCGAAGAAGGCACUGCUUUGCAUUGGCAUGGCAUCUUGCAGAAGACUACGCCGUGGUUCGAUGGCGUUCCAUCCGUUCAGCAAUGCCCAAUUGCUCCUGGACAAUGCUUUACUUACUCAUUCCUCGCUGAUCUGUAUGGGACGUCGUGGUAUCACUCUCACUACAGCGCUCAAUAUGCUGGUGGUCUGGCCGGGGCUAUGAUUAUUCAUGGUCCUUCGCAAGUGGCAUACGAUUAUGACGUCGGACCAAUACUACUCAGCGAUUGGUAUCAUGCCUCAUAUGAGCAGCUUGUCGAACAAGUCAUGACACCUGCAGCCGCCCCUCCAAAAUCUGACAACAACCUCAUUAAUGGCAAGAUGAAUUACAAUUGCUCCCUCAUUACAGAUGGUCAAUCGUGUGUGCCAAAUGCCGGUCUCUCCAAGUUCAAGUUCCAUUCCGGAAAAAAGAUGCGUCUAAGGCUUAUCAACAGCGGUGCCGAAGGUAUCCAACGCUUCACCAUUGACGGUCACAGUAUGACCGUUUUUGCGAACGACUUUGUGCCAAUUCAACCAUACACUACUAAUGUCGUAACCCUCGGGAUUGGCCAACGUAGCGAUGUCAUUGUCAACGGUAUUGGAGAACCCAACUCGGCCUAUUGGAUGCGAUCUGAUCUCAGCCCUACCUGUGACCUUACUAACCAGCCCCACGCUUUAGCCGCUAUCUACUAUGAGACCGCAGAUACCACUUCUCUACCCACUACGACGGCGACACCUUAUGACGACAGUAAAUGCGGCAAUGAUGAUCUGAAUAAAACCAUUCCAUACUUCCCUUUCCCAGCCACCUCGAAUCCUGCAACAACCCAGGAUGUUGUUAUCACCGCCGGCCCCAACGCAACCGGAAGCUUUCUCUUCUAUAUGAACGGCGAAUCUUUCCGCGGCAACUACGAUCACCCCAUUCUCGUCCUCGCCAACCAAGGCAACGUCUCUUACCCCCUCGACCCCGAAUGGAACGUCUACAACUUCGGCACUAACAGCUCCGUCCGCAUCAUCGUUCAAAAUACGUUCCCGGCCUCCCACCCCAUGCAUCUUCAUGGCCACAAUUUCAACGUCCUCGCCGAAGGCGUCGGCACCUGGGACGGUACCAUCACACACCAGCACAACACUCAGCGCCGCGACGUGCAACUCGUGCAACCUGGUACUGCUAGCGCACCGGGCUACCUCGUGCUGCAGUAUGAUACAGACAACCCAGGCGUGUGGCCGUUCCAUUGCCACAUCGCAUGGCAUGUCAGCGCCGGGUUGUACAUCAACACCAUCGAGCAGGAGACGCUCCUGCAGAAGAGGGUCUUGCCAAACAGUGUCAUGCAGACUUGUGUCGCUUGGGCUAACUAUACGGGUCAUGAUGUCGUGGAUGAGAUUGAUUCGGGGCUGAAGAGGAGCAAGCCUAGAGAUGUUCUUCUCUUCUGA